UCGAAUUGAUGAACCCAAUGGACAGAAUCGGUGCGGCCGCGACGGAGGUGUGGGUGCUCACCAUACCGCCUAGCUUCAGAAAUCCUCCCUAUUGGCCUAUAAGAACCCUUCUCUCCAUGAAAGCAGCCGAAGUGAAAUCCAUUGCCGCUAAUCUCUCUUGCAGUGCGACUCACGGCGGCUCACUUCCUAUCAAAAGCCGAGUUCUUCGCGCUGCCGGAUUUCGCCAGGAACCCAAAGCGGUUGGCGGCGGGAGCUUGCAGAUGUCCAUAGCGAGGGAUGGACAGGAUGCGGAGAGGUCUAUGCCGCCUUUAGUGGUUGUGUCCUUCUAUAAGUUUGCGGUUUUUGCGGACUACAAGGAUAUGCGCAUGCCAUUGAAAGAUCUCUGCGAAAAAGUGCGUAUUUCAGGAGGUAUCAUUCUGGCACCAGAGGGAAUAAAUGGUAGCAUAUGUGGAACGCAAGAGUCAGUACAGAAGGUUCUUGAAUUUAUUCAAUCUGAUGCAAGGCUAAAAGGCGUAAAAAUGGUUGAAUCACCUGUUACUCCUGAGGAAGAGGCCAUUCAUCAUGGACACACCAGCCAUUCUCCUCUUGGAGCAGGUGAUGAUGCUCCUUUUCGUUGGGAUCAUGUUCGUGUUAAGUUGAAGAAAGAGAUAGUGACAUUUGGGGAUGUAAGCGUGUUGCCUACUGAAAGAGUUGGAAAGUAUGUUCAAUCAAGGGACUGGAAUGCGUUGAUUAGUGAUCCUAACAUUGUGUUAAUCGAUGUACGCAACAUGUAUGAGACCCGCAUAGGUAAGUUCAAAGGUGCGGUCGAUCCACGCACAGCAUCAUUUCGAGAAUUUCCAUCCUGGGUGAAGGAGGAGUUUCAGGUCGGGUCAAGAAUUCAGCAGGUAGACACAGAGGAUGACAGACUUGGAGAACCACCUAAGCUGCCUCGUGUCGCAAUGUACUGCACUGGCGGAAUCAGAUGUGAGAAGGCUUCAAGUUUUUUGCUCAGCAAAGGUUUUGAAGAGGUUUAUCAUUUGGAGGGAGGGAUUCUCAAGUAUCUUGAAGAUGUGCCAGAAUCAGAGAGCCUAUGGGAGGGUGAGUGCUUUGUGUUUGACAAACGUGUAUCUGUUGAGCAUGGUUUGGAACAAGGGAGCUUCAAGCUAUGUUACGGCUGCAAACAACCAGUGAGCGACGCAGACAUGGAAUCCCCAGAGUGGGAGUUUGGUGUUUGUUGCCCUUACUGUUUCUCCACCAAAUCAGAAAAAGAGAAAGAGAGAGCAAGAGCAAGACAAAAGCAGUCUGAAACCUGGGGAGUUAUCGGCGGACCUGAUAAGGGACGCCGGAAUCCCCAUAGAUCCCAGCUGAGCUAUGGAAAGGUAGAAAUGCCUCUUCCCAGCUCAAUCCAUCAUCCUCUUUUGUGACUUUUGUUCACUGAGGUUUUAUUUGGGACGGUUUUUUUACUGCUUCUUAAAGCAGCUUUCUAUUAAUUUUUAUAACAUAAAGCUUCUUUUAAGUAGUAAAAACCCGUCCCAAACGAAGCCCGAAGCAGUUGGAGCUGUUCAUGUUUAGUUUUUCAUAUUGGGUGUUGAUUGAUUAAUGUCUUAUGUUUCUCAUUGUGCCUAUGUUUUGGUUUGAAUUCUCUUGCUUCAUUUCUAAUUGAGCACUCAUUGUGGCUA